AUGCCCACAGUCACCACGGCCCAUGGCUUCCAGGUGCUGGCCCAGAGGCCUUGGGUGCUGUCUGAGGAGGCCCCGCUCUCGGACGCAUCGCCAGAGGCCCUCGCAGACAGAGAGAGAGGGUCAGACCCUAGCUGGAGACCAGACCAGCCAGAGCUCCCCGGGACCCCGCCCCACGGCAGACUGCUGCGUUUCUCCAAGGAGCUGGACCUGAGCGAGAACGUGAUCGCGCACGUGGAGCCGGGCGCCUUCGCCAACCUGCCGCGCCUGCGCGUGCUGCGCCUCCGCGGCAACCUGCUCAAGCUCAUCCCGCCCGGGGUCUUCACGCGCCUGGACAACCUCACGGUGCUGGACCUGAGCGAGAACAAGCUGGUCAUCCUCCUGGACUACGCCUUCCAGGACCUGCGCAGCCUCCGCCGGCUGGAGGUGGGCGACAACGACCUGGUGUUCAUCUCGCGCCGGGCCUUCGCCGGGCUGCUAGCGCUCGAGGAGUUGACCCUGGAGCGCUGCAACCUGACGGCGCUCUCGGGCGAGUCGCUGGGCCACCUGCGGGGCCUGGGCGCCCUGCGGCUGCGGCACCUGGCCAUCGCCGCCCUGGAGGACCAGAACUUCCAGCGGCUUCCGGGCCUGCUGCACCUGGAGAUUGACAACUGGCCGCUGCUGGAGGAGGUGGCCGCCGGCAGCCUGCGGGGUCUCAACCUGACUUCGCUGUCCGUCACCCACACCAACAUCACCGCCGUGCCGGCCGCCGCUCUGCGCCACCAGGCCCACCUCACCUGCCUCAACCUGUCGCACAACCCCAUCAGCACGGUGCCGCGUGGGUCCUUCCGCGACCUGGUGCGCCUGCGCGAGUUGCACCUGGCCGGGGCCCUGCUGGCGGUGGUGGAGCCGCAGGCCUUCCUGGGGCUGCGGCAGAUCCGCCUGCUCAACCUUUCCAACAACCUGCUGUCCACGCUGGAGGAGAGCACCUUCCACUCGGUCAACACCCUGGAGACGCUGCGCGUGGACGGGAACCCGCUGGCCUGUGACUGUCGCCUGCUCUGGAUCGUGCAGCGCCGCAAGACCCUUAACUUCGACGGCCGCCUGCCGGCCUGCGCCACCCCAGCGGAGGUCCGCGGCGACGCUCUGCGCAACCUGCCGGACUCGGUGCUCUUCGAGUACUUCGUGUGCCGCAAGCCCAAGAUCCGCGAGCGGCGGCUGCAGCACGUCACGGCGGCCGCGGGCGACGACGUGCGCUUCCAGUGCCGCGCCGAGGGCGAGCCGGCGCCCACCGUGGCCUGGGUGACACCCCGGCACCGCGCGGUCACCGCCGCCAGCGCCGGCCGGGCGCGCGUGCUGCCGGGUGGCACGCUGCAGAUCCGGGACGCGCGGCCGCAGGACAGCGGCACCUACACGUGUGUGGCCAGCAACGCGGGCGGCAACGACACCUACUUCGCCACGCUGAGCGUGCAGCCGGAGCCGGCCGCCAACCGGACCCCGGGCGAGGGCCGCAACGACACGGAGGCGGCCGCGCGCUUCCCGCUGGACCUCACCACCAUCCUGGUGUCCACCGCCAUGGGCUGCAUCACCUUCCUGGGCGUCGUCCUCUUCUGUUUCCUGCUGCUCUUCGUGUGGAGCCGCGGCCGCGGGCAGCACAAGAACAACUUCUCCGUGGAGUACUCUUUCCGCAAGGUGGACGGGCCCGCGGCGGCUGCCGGCCAGGGAGGCGCCCGCAAGUUCAACAUGAAGAUGAUCUGAGCGGCCCGGGCCGACCUCCUGCAGCCCUUGCCGCUGGAGCUGGGCUGGAAGCUGCGUCUCCGACUCCGUCCAGGUCCACGUCCACGCCAGCCCGUUGCUGGCGCGUCUGACGACCACGACCACCUAUGCAUUUCCCGCAGGGGGCGGCCGCAAGCUGGCUCCUGGCAGAACUUCCCCUUUUUUGUAGAGACCCGACCACAGGACUGUUUUUUCAUCAGGAAGCAUCUUUUGCAGAGUUUCUCAAGAGUUUUCUAAGGGUUUCACCCUGUCUUCCUGCCCCUGGUGUGGUCGCUGAGCUAGGCAGGGGAGGGGAGGGGGCUCAGAGACCCUGGAUCCUCACCACAUACACAGCUUACUCCUGGAGGAGAUGGUGUACACCCAGGACUCCACAGAGGGCCACCCAGCCCCCAGGCCAGGGGACGUGAAAGCCCCCGCUGUUCAUCCCUGGACACCCCACUCUCCACACCUGAGACACCCAACCAGACACACAGCUCCAGAGCAGAACACACACACCUCACACCCAGCUGACACUAGGCACGCGCCCCGAGCUCCAGAGCUCACAUGGCAG